AUGCUAAGUAUUGGUCGUAGAGGUGGGCUAGUAGAGGAGGCGGUGAGAACCUCCAUUGACAAUCUGGUAUGUAUGGGCCUCCCUAGAAGAAGCAUGCACGAGCGACGCGAGCAUGCUUUUGACCAUGCUGCACCUCCAUACCUGACAGCGCCAUAA